AUAAUUUUGUGUUAAAAAAUAAACAAAAUAAACAAAGGUUUUAUUAAUUAUUAAAAUAAAAGAUAGCUUAAAAAUAAAAUAAAAUAAAAUUUUAAUUGUUGUUUAUUGUGUUUUAAAUAACAAUUGAUAUUGUAAAGUGUUUUUUAAAGUAACAAAAAAUUGACAAGUGACUCAUUGUUAAAUUAUCAACAAAACAAAAUGGCUACCUUGGUAAAAGAUGUACAAUUACCAAAAAAAAUUCCAAAAUUACUUUUGGCAAAGCAUACAGCAUUCAUAGCUGCUUAUGGAAAAAACAAAGAUGAUUAUAUGUACUGUAUGACUGAACAUCUGAGAAUGUCUGGUAUAUAUUGGGGACUGACAGCAUUGGAUUUGAUGGGUAAUCUUGAUGAAACAAAUAAAGAUGAAGUGUUAGAAUUCAUAGGAAAAUGUCAAAGUGAUUGUGGUGGUAUUAGUCCAAGUAUCAAUCAUGAUCCUCAUCUUUUGUAUACACUAAGUGCAGUACAGGUACUUUGUAUGUAUGAUGCACUUGAUGUUAUUGAUGUUGAUAAAGUUGUUAAAUAUGUCAAAGAAAGAAUGCAGCCUGAUGGCAGCUUCACUGGUGAUAAUUGGGGUGAAGUUGAUACUAGAUUUUCAUUUUGUGCUGUUGCAACAUUAUCACUAUUGGGAAAAUUGGAUGAAAUUAAUGUUGAAAAAGCUGUUGAAUUUGUCAAAAGUUGUAUGAAUUUUGAUGGUGGAUUUGGAUCAAGACCUGGAUCAGAAAGUCAUGCUGGUUUAAUUUAUUGUUGUCUUGGUCUUUUGUCAAUAACUGGACAUUUACAUUUGGUUGAUGCUGAUAGACUUGGCUGGUGGCUUUGUGAACGACAAUUACCCUCUGGUGGUCUCAAUGGAAGACCAGAAAAAUUACCUGAUGUUUGUUAUUCUUGGUGGGUCUUAUCAUCGUUAACAAUUUUAGGCAAAUUACAUUGGAUUGAUAAAAAUAAAUUAUUAGAAUUUGUGCUUGCUUGUCAAGACACUGAAACUGGAGGUUUUAGCGAUAGACCUGGUGAUAUGGUUGAUCCAUUUCAUACACUAUUUGGUCUUACUGCUGUAUCAUUGUUGGAAGCUGAUUCUAAAUUGAAACCAAUUAAUCCAACAUACUGCAUGCCUGAAUAUAUUAUUGAACGUCUUGGUAUUAAACCAACAAAACUUGAAAGAUGAUUUAAUUAUUUAGCUACAUAAAUUACAUAAAUAUUUAUAUUGAUUGUAAAUUUUUUAAAUGUCAACAAUUAUUCUGAAAUUAAAUAUUAAAAUAUCAUCAAA